AUGGCGUUCCAUAACAAUAAUUUCAAUCACUUCAUCGACCAACAACACCAGCCUCCUCCUCCUCCACCGCAGCAGGAACAUCAUUUCCACGAAUCCACACCGCCUAAUUGGCUCCUCCGCUCCGAUAACAAUUUCUUAAACCUCCACACUGCCGCCUCCGUCGCAGCAACAAGCUCCCCCUCUCCUUCCUCGGCAGCUGCUAACCAGUGGCUCUCUCGGUCCUCCUCUUUCCUCCAACGAGCCGGAGGGGGCCUCAACAACAAUAACGUCCGUUCAGGUGACGUCAUCGAAGACGUUACUACCGGAGGAGAGGAGGCAAUGAUGAACGGCGAGAGGAAGGAGGCGGAGAGAUGGCAAAAUGCGAGGCACAAGGCGGAGAUACUCUCUCAUCCACUAUACGAGCAGCUUUUGUCAGCACACGUGGCGUGCCUGAGGAUCGCCACGCCUGUGGAUCAGCUUCCUAGGAUCGAUGCACAGCUAGGUCAGUCGCAGAACGUCGUGGCUAAGUACUCGAAUAUAGACGCUGCUGCUCAAGGACUCAUCUCCGGCGAUGACAAGGAGCUUGACCACUUCAUGACGCAUUAUGUACUGUUGCUGUGCUCUUUUAAAGAACAACUGCAACAGCAUGUUCGUGUCCAUGCAAUGGAAGCUGUUAUGGCCUGUUGGGAGAUUGAGCAGUCUCUUCAAAGCUUAACAGGAGUGUCUCCUGGUGAAGGCACAGGAGCAACAAUGUCUGAGGACGAAGAUGAGCAAGUAGAGAGUGAUGCUCAUAUGUAUGAUGGAAGCGUAGAUGGGUUAGGGUUUGGUCCUCUUGUCCCCACUGAGAGCGAGAGAUCCUUAAUGGAACGAGUUAGACAAGAACUCAAACAUGAACUCAAGCAGGGCUACAAGGAGAAAAUUGUAGACAUAAGAGAGGAGAUAUUGAGAAAAAGAAGAGCUGGGAAAUUACCAGGAGACACCACCUCUGUUCUCAAAGCUUGGUGGCAGUCUCAUUCUAAGUGGCCUUACCCUACUGAGGAAGAUAAGGUGAGGUUGGUGCAAGAGACGGGGUUGCAGCUCAAACAGAUAAACAAUUGGUUCAUCAAUCAAAGAAAGAGGAAUUGGCAUAGCAAUCCAUCUUCGUCUACCAUCCCAAAAAACAAACGCAGAAGGUACUAA